CACCAACACAAACAAAACAAUCUCUCCUCUCCCUCACAAAACUUCAUUUCUCUCUUACACUCCAUCACAAAAUUGCUACCUUUCUUACAUUUCUUAUUCUCUCUCUACCACUCUGUCCUUUGACAGGAUAAUAAGGGAUACCGAGCUUAAACUAAGGAACCAACUUGUGAUUCUCUAUAAUCAUGGCUAAUACUGCUGCGGCUUGUGCGGAGAGGGCAACCAGUGAUAUGUUGAUUGGCCCAGACUGGGCUGUAAACAUUGAGCUAUGUGAUAUCAUCAACAUGGAUCCUAGGCAAGCAAAGGAUGCCCUGAAAAUACUCAAGAAGCGACUAGGCAGCAAAAAUCCUAAAACCCAACUCCUAGCUCUAUUUGCAUUGGAGACUCUCAGCAAAAAUUGUGGUGACAGUGUGUUUCAGCAAAUCAUUGAACGUGAUAUCUUACAUGAUAUGGUUAAAAUAGUAAAAAAGAAGCCAGAUUUGAAUGUGCGAGAAAAGAUACUUAUUCUGAUAGAUACAUGGCAAGAAGCUUUUGGGGGGCAAAGAGGAAGGUAUCCUCAAUAUUAUGCUGCAUAUAAUGAACUAAGGGCUUCAGGAGUUGAAUUUCCGCCACAAGCAGAGAACAGUGUACCAUUCUUUACUCCUCCCCAAACACAGCCUAUAGCUGAUGCACCUUCAGCAUAUGAAGAUGCUGCUAUUAAAGCCUCUCUGCAGGCUGAUGCUUCUGGCCUCAGCUUGCUUGAGAUUCAAAGUGCUCAUGGAAUAGCAGAUGUGUUAAUGGAAAUCCUUAGUGCCUUGGAUCGUAAGAACCCUGAGGGUGUUAAGCAAGAAGUGAUUGUUGACCUUGUUGACCAAUGCCGUUCCUACCAAAAGCGUGUCAGGCUUCUUGUUAACAAUACAGUAGAUGAGGAGCUUCUAUGUCAGGGAUUAGCAUUGAAUGAUAACCUGCAGCGUGUACUUCGUCAGCAUGAUGAUAUUGCGAAAGGAAGUCCUAUUGUGGGAGAAAGGGAAAUGGAAACAUCACUUGUGCCUCUUGCUAAUAUUAACAAUGAGGAUGAUGAGUUAGAAGAUGAUUUUUCCCAGCUGGCACACAGGCCAUCAAGAGAUAAUUCACAAGGACUAAACCGGAAACCAGUCAGUGUUAGGACUCAACCAGGACGAGUUAGCCCAUUUAUUCCUCCUCCUCCCUCAUCAAAGAAGUCAGUUAGCGCGGACUCAGGCAUGAUUGAUUAUCUCAGUGGUGAUUUGUACAAGUCAGAAGGACCCCCCCAAACAUCAGAACCCACAUCCUUGAAAGUCCCAAAUGUUGGCUCUUCACCACCAUAUUCUCCAACACUACCAGCCUCUUCCCCUCCCUCCAAUGCCAUGAACUCCUCUCCUGUGCUAACUGGACUGCCCAUGUAUGACGAACCAGCUCCAUUAAGCCAAUCUGGUGAUCGGCUGCCCCCAGCACCUUGGGACGUGCAGUCUCCUGGAUUUCUUCCACCACCGCCUUCCAGGUAUAAUCAAAGACAGCAGUUCUUUGGCCAGCAUCACAAUGUACCAGGCAGUGCUUCUAAUUCAAGCAGCGGCUCUGGUUCUUCUUAUGACAGCUUAGUUGGUCAAACCCAAAGUCUUUCCCUUAAUCCGUCCACUCCUCCCAAACAAGCAAGAAAAGAAGAUGCACUCUUCAAAGAUCUGGUUGAUUUUGCAAGAUCCAAGUCAUCGUCACCUUCCAAACCCAACAACAGGUCUUUUUGAGGGACUGAGUAGUUGGUGUAGUUCAUCCGUUUUGGUACAGCUUCUUAUUCCUUGUAGGUUAUCAGGUUUUGCAUCAGACCAUGGGAUUGAUUGCCUGUUACUGAAUAAAAGUCGGUUUAAACGUUGGGUUAUGUCAUCUAUGCUGUCUAGCAGAGGCUUAUGUCCAAAGGAGAUCAUGAACUACUAAUUGAAUUGAUUUCAGUACAUAAAUAUUUAGAAUGUGGUUGUAUAAUAUUGUUGCGCUCACAUCUCAGCA